CGGUAGCGCAGACUCGGAACUGAUUGGUAGCCGGCGCGCUGACACUUCCCUUAGGCCUCCUUAGUCAGGCCAGGCCUUGAGUUUGUUGCAGUCUGUCAAGAUGAGCCCUUCUCAGUGGGACUUUCCAGUGGAAUUGUGUUGCCGGCCUAUGGCCUUUGUAGCCCUCACAGGCUUGGAUGUGAUCUACAAUGCUGUUCAUCGGGCAGUUUGGGAUGCCUUUUGUGCAAACAGGAGAGCUGACCGAGUACCAAUUUCCUUUAAAGUACUCCCUGGUGAUCAUGAGUAUCCUAAAUGUAGAAAUAAGAGAACAUCGUAUGAAUGGCAUAUUCCAAAAGGGAUCUUGAAGACUGGCUGGAUGAACAAACAUCUGAAUUUGGUGCCUGCACUUGUUGUCGUGUUUUAUGAGCUGGAUUGGGAUGAGCCACAGUGGAAAGAAAAACAGUCAGAGUGUGCUACUAGAGUUGAAAUUGUCAGGCAGAGUUUGCAAGGAAGAAACACAAAAGUUGCUGUAGUUUUGAUUCAAAAGAAAACACCACUACCUCCAGGCAAGCUGAAAGGACAAACGUUUAUUGAAAGCGUGAAGGUUUGCUUGAGGUUGAGUUUAAAGAUGAGGCAAUUAGAAAAUGCUUUUUAUGAACAUGCACAGACCUAUUACUAUACAGAAAUACGAAGGGUGAAAUCCCAUAAAGAGUUCCUCAACAAAACAACACAUCAGCUUCUGUUUGUCAGACAUCAGUUCAAAAUAGCGUUCUUCAGUGAGUUGAAGCAGGAUACGCAGAAUGCACUGAAAAACUACAGAACUGCAUAUAAUCUGGUACACGAGUUGAGAGCUCAUGAAACAAACAUGCUGGAAAUCAAGACGAUUGCAGGAUUUAUAAAUUACAAGAUUUGCCGACUGUGUUUUCAGCAUAACACACCCCUGGAUGCGAUUGCGCAGUUUAGGAAACACAUAGAUGUGUGCAAGAAAAAAAUUGGCAGUGCAGAGUUGGCUUUUGAGCAUGCCGCCUGGAUGUCCAAACAAUUUCAGGCUUUUGGGGACUUGUUUGACGAAGCUAUCAAAUUAGGGCUGACAGCUAUUCAAACGCAGAACCCAGGUUUCUAUUAUCAGCAAGCAGCCUACUAUGCCCAAGAAAGGAAGCAACUGGCAAGCGUUCUCUGUAAUCAUGAGCCUUCUGUGAUGUAUCCGAAUCCUGAUCCAAUAGAAACUCAAACUGGAAUGCUUGACUUCUAUGGACAAAGACCAUGGCGGCAAGGAGUACUAAGUUUUGAUCCAAAUGACCCUGAAAAGGAGAAAGUGGGAAUUUUGGCACUGCAGCUGAAGGAAAAGAAGGUUCUUCACUCUGAGUUGAUCAUCACCUUGCUGAGUAAUGCAGUAGCCCAGUUCAAGAAGUACAAAUGUCCACGAAUGAAAAGCCACUUGAUGGUGCAGAUGGGUGAAGAGUAUUACUAUGCCAAAGAUUACACCAAAGCUUUGAAGCUCCUGGAUUACGUCUUGUGUGAUUACCGUAGUGAAGGAUGGUGGACUCUCCUUACUUCAAUACUGACCACAGCCCUUAAAUGUUCCUAUCUCAUGGCCCAGAUAAAAGAUUAUAUUACAUACUCCUUAGAGCUUUUGGGAAGAGCAUCUAACUUGAAAGAGGACCAAAAAUCUCGCAUAGAAAAGAAUCUGAUUAAAGUUCUUAUGAAUGAGAGCCCAGAUCCAGAACCUGACUGUGAUGCUACUUCUGUGAAAAGUUCACAGAAGUUGUGGGCUGACAGAGUCUCUCUGGCUGGCAAUAAUAUCUUUACAAUAGAAGUGCAGGACUUCGUUCCAUUUGUACAGUGCAAAGCAAGAUUUCUUGCUCCAAGUUUCCAUGUUGACACCCCAGUUCAGUUUGACAUAUUCUUGAAAGCUGAUUGUCCUCAUCCUCUCCGGUUUUCUAAACUAUGUGUCGGUUUCAACAAUCAGGAAUACAACCAGUAUUGUGUGGUGGAAGAAGUGUAUCAGAAAAAUGAACUGUUCACACAGGGAAUGCUGUGCCUUACCCCUGGUAAAACAAAGACGUUCUUUUUCAAGUUUGUAGCAAAAACUGAGGAUGUGGGAAAGAAGAUUGAGAUCACUUCAGUGGAUUUGAUUCUGGGUAGUGAGAAUGGCAGGUGUGUGAUCUUGAACUGGCGUGGAGGAGGAGGGGAUGCAGCUUCUUCUCAAGAGGCGCUGCUGGCAGCUCGCUCCUUCAGACGGCGGCCCAAACUCCCAGAGGGUGAAAUCCAUUGGGAAAGUCUGACUGUUCAGACAAGCACUAUGAUCAUUUCCAGAGUGCCAAACAUUUCUGUCCAGCUCAAACAUGAGCCUCCCGCCCUUAUGAAUGAAAUGUACUGUUUGAGUGUCACAAUCCAGUCACACGAGAAGACCGUUGCCAAAGAUGUAAAGCUCACGGCCGGCUUAAAACCAGGCCAAGAUGCAAACCUAACUCAAAAAACUCACGUGACACUAAAUGGAACAGAAAUAUGUGACGAUUCAUUUCCUGCUUUACUUCCUGAUAUCCCUAUAGGAGACUUGCAGCCAGGUGAAAAGCUGGAAAAGACUGUGUAUAUUCACUGUGGAAUGGUUGGUACCAGAAUGUUUCUUGUAUAUGUUUCCUAUUUAGUGAGUACGACCAUUGAAGGAAAAGAGAUCCUCUGCAAGUGUCACAGGGAUGAGACUGUUACCAUAGAGACUGUGUUUCCAUUUGAUGUUGCUGUUAAAUUCGUCUCUGCUAAGUUCGAGCAUUUAGAUAAAGUCUUUUCAGACAUACCAUUUUUAUUGAUGACCGACAUCCUCAGUACUUCACCUUGGGCCCUUACGAUUGUAACCAGCCAGCUGCAGCUUUCUCCUUCUAUGAUGCCAGCGGACCAGCUAGAAUCUUACGUGGAGAAUGUUGUUUUACAGACCGGAGAGAGUGCUAGUGAGUGUUUCUGCCUACGAUGCCCACCGGUCUCUAGCGGACAGACUGGAGUGGCUACUGGAAGUUAUGCAGUCUCCUGGAAGAGGAGCUCAGCGGCGAAGAGCAUACCUGUUAGGACUGUGAUCACACUCCCUCACGUGAUUGCAGAAGGCAUCCCACUCCAUGUUAACGCAGAUCUGCCCUCAUUUGGUCGAGUCAGAGAAUCCUUACCUGUAAAAUAUCACCUGCAGAAUAAGACUAAUAUAGUUCAGGACUUGGAAGUGUCAGUGGAACCGAGCGAUGCCUUCAUGUUUUCUGGUCUUAAGCAGAUAAGGUUGCGAAUUCUUCCUGGCACUGAACAGGAAAUGUUGUACAACUUCUACCCUCUCAUGGCUGGUUAUCAGCAAUUACCAUCACUCAACAUCAACCUGUUACGGUUUCCUCAUUUCACUAACCAGCUGCUUAGACGAUUUAUCCCAACACACAUUUUUGUGAAGCCACAAGGCCGCCAAGCAGAUAACGCUUCAAUUGCUGCUGCGUAGCUGAGGAUCCACACACUUAAGGGGAAACCAGAAUCUUGCACAGAAUAUACAGAACUCUGGCUUUUUCAAAUUCUAGCUUUGCUCAAGCUAUUAAUUAAAAAGGACUUUGUGUUUUGAGAUUGGAAACAACUGUUGUCAGAUCUAACGGAACUUAAGUCUUAAUUGUGAUGCUAAUAAAUAUGCAGGUAAGAGUCAGUGCUUUAUUUAACAGGAUUAAAUGUUUUCUUUUGCCUUUUCUGAAAGUUAAAUGGAAGUAUUAUUUAUUAUGGAUAUGGAAUAUUUUGACAGUAUGGAUGAUAACUUGGCCAAAAAGAAGAAAUCUCAUUUUGUUCAUUCACGCUGUCCUGUGGUGCAGUGGUCUGUGGGUUUUGUUGUUAUGGAGGGGUGUGUGUGUUAAAUUUUAUAGCAUUGAAAGUGCUGUUUCUUGUAGAACCUCAUUUUAGUGCCACUCUGUAUGCCAUGUAAAGAACAGGGAACAGGAUACAGUCAAAUUCCUAUUGGCUUCGGGCAACCCAAGCACAUGUUUUGAAUGAACAAAUGUAAUUAAUGAAGUAUCUAAUGGUGCUUGGGAAGUUACUGGCUAUUAGUAUCACUGUAGUAACUGUUAAGCUGUUUCCAAGGUGUCUCCCCCGCCCUACAGCUGAAAGAGGCAAAGAUACUGAAGUGGGAGAAUCCCAUGACAAUAAGAUAAUUUAUAACUGCACAGCCUUAGAGGCAAAUCCAGGUUUGUUUGGGCUCACCAGUUCCUAAUAGUUGUAGUUUCCUUGGCCUGGGGGAUUCUUGCUUAUAACGUUUUGGUGGUAGUAUGGCACCCAUUGUGUUGUCAAGGGGCUGUGUGUCUAAGAACUGCGGGUCCCCCUGUGUAACUUAAAUAUUCCCAUUGUCAUUGGAUUCUAUUAGAUUUCUCUCCCACAGAAUAGGUAGGUCUUUAAGAUAAGGAAGUUAAUCAUUGCAUGUGUGAAACUGCAUACUUGGAGUUUAGCAGUUCAGUACAGGGCAGUGACUGGCUCCAAUAAUACUUGCUGCUGUGAGCUGUAGUUAUGAACUUUAAAUGGAAAUAAUGGGGAAAGGGCCACUUACCCUGCAGUAUCAUCGACUCUUGGACAAAAGUGGUUGGAUUUGCUUUUUAACUAAAGUUCAUCAGGAUGGUUCUGCGUAAAGAACGUUAAAG